GUCUAGAAAGAAGUUACUCCGGGCGGGAGAGCUUCCAUGCAACUCAUUCUUUCGAUCAGCAUAAUUCCGUCAGAAGGUGGUGGAGAUUAGGGAUUGAAGAUGUUUGCUGGUAUCUCGCAGAUAGGUGCAGUCCACGACGCAACAAGGAAGAUACUUCCUCCAACGCCUGUCAGGUUUCCAAAAUGUGUGCCCAAAACGGAAGACAAGUUCCCACCCACUCGAGAUGCCGGUUCAUUGGUCAGCCUCCUUCAAACAGUCCACCGACCAGCUGAUAUCAAGCCUUUGCACUUCGAAGCACUCAAAAUCCACGUGAUACCCGAUGCCUCUCCCGAAGAACUCAUCCCUGAUGCUAGCUUCUUACCGCCGUCCAAAGACUGGGAUGUCGUCCCUCAAGAAGAACUACCAGAAGCCAACGAGCAAACCCGCAAGCCACUUAAUAAUGGCAACCUCUCUCCAGGCAUUCAGACCUAUCGAGAACGUCAAAAAGAGCUUCUGAUAGACAACACCGCCGCGUUCCGCACAAUACGUCGCAUUCCUGCACCGGUUGGCGAGACGGCCGCUCGUCUAGGUAAUGCUUAUGAGUUCUACAAGAACUUGGAAUUUUUCUCUGGGUAUUGGCACGAUACGUCAAUUCCUCCUAAGCCGGAACCAUCUUCUGAAGAGACCACUUCUGAGGAGGAAAAGAAGGAUGCUACACCACCUCACUUACAGACCCAUAUCCGUACAGGAACAGGCCUCCAGCUUCCCCCGGACUACAGGCAGAACCUCCUCACAGCAUUUGUGAAGCUUGUCGCUUAUGACUUCGGCUGCAACGUCUCGUUUCCUCGUACAGAGCCUAGAUUACAUCUCACUCCAAAGAAGCCAUCUGACCCACCAUCAUACUUCAACUCAUCUGUAACGUUCGUCUACAGGACUCCAAAAGAGAGAGCCAUGGCUCGAGCAGGUGUAGUAGAAGGCCCAGUAGCAGCGUUGAGCGCAAGAGCGAGUACAGUCUUCAUUACCAAAGCCGAAGAAUGGCUAGACCUCGCCCGAGAAGUCGUCGCCGUUCUCCUCACCGCCCAACAAAGAUCCCGAGAAAAGAAGACCGAGAAGAGAUUCGGCGAAGGGAAAUGGUGGACCACUACUCCUCGCUGGGGUGGCGGUGCAGGUGGACCCAUCGGCCGGGAAGGCGACAAAAUCGACGAGCUUGCUGGCCCAGAAAAGUUACCAGCAGCUGAACUUGGUGAUGUACCUCCUCCGCCUGGAACGAGGGUAGCGAGCGAGGUCAAGAGACAGAUUGGUGGUAUCAAUGGGCCGAGUCCUAAUAAACGCAGCAAGAAAGUCAAAGAGGGAGGCAAUAUGCAAAUCUAUGAUAAUUAUCGCAAGAUGAACCCCCCUGGACCGACUUGGGAUCGAAAAGCCAAGUACAUGUCGAUAGGGAAGGUUGAGGGGGUAGGAUAUGACGAUGUGUUUCUUGUCAGCGCGUUAAAUCAUCAUAUUUGUGUUGUUCGGGCGAGGAUACCGGAGAGUCUACUCGAGGUUCUUGACGGGGGAGAGGAGAAGGAGUGGGAGAGAGUUAGCAUGUGGAGGAGUAAGUGGUUUGAUAUGUAUCUUGGCAAGGAGAGGGUCGAGGCUAUGGAACUGGUGUGGGGGAUGAUGGCUUGGUUGAUGAGGAAGAUUGAGGGUCUCAAGGGCCCAGUUGAGGAUGAAGAUGAUGGCGAUGAUGGCAAGGCGGAGAAGAUGGAUUUGAGCUAGAUUGCACUGUGACGAGAGAUGAAUAAAUGAGCGCGCGUUAGCAUGAGUUGGGAUAGAUCCGACUCUGUGGCCCAUGGUGGAUUAGAUUGAUAGAUUGGUGUUUAGGUACUUGGGAUAUGCAUGAAAUGUCAGGUAAUGCAGAAGUGAGAACAAUUGCUCUGCCUAAGUCGAGCACUCCUGAUGACACAUCUCUCCUGACUUUCUUAUCGUCACCAUCGCCUCAAGCCGCAUACGCCAUCUAGUCUCAAUUAUGUCAGAUCCGAAAUGCAAAAACACAUGCUGAAUCAUCGCUACUCGGUCUCCUGAUCAACACUCCUAGUUGGUCGAUAUAAAAUUGGCGAGAAAAAUCAGGGGUAA